ACUCAAAAUCCAAAAAUGUGUAUACAAAAAGUUUAAAGCGAGCAUUUUUCCGUGUGUGAUAACAUUUCAUUGCAUUAAAUUUAAAUUAAGUCACAUUGACUUGACAAGUGAGAGACGUCCAAGAAGUUACGAUUCCAUCGAUAGCGCAAUGUCGAGAUUAUUAUAGUUCAUAAGAAGAAAGCGAAUUGGAGCUUAAACCGAAAAUUUGCAGCAAAGCAAGAAGCGGUAGGAGAAUUUGUUGCUGGCAUUAUGACGCUGGAAACCCAACCCAUUGGCGGUGGAUGCGAUGGCAAAAUAGCUGGUCUCUACGAUCUGGAAGAGACACUGGGCUCUGGUCAUUUUGCAGUGGUGAAAUUGGCCCGACAUGUGUUCACCGGGGCCAAGGUGGCGGUGAAAGUGGUCGAUAAGACUAAAUUAGAUGAGGUCUCCAAGGCGCAUUUGUUUCAGGAAGUGAGAUGCAUGAAAUUGGUACAGCAUCCGAAUGUGGUUAGACUCUAUGAGGUAAUUGACACACAAACCAAAUUAUAUUUGGUUUUGGAGCUGGGGGAUGGUGGCGAUCUGUACGAUUAUAUAAUGCGGCAUGAGUCUGGAUUAAGUGAGGAUUUGGCUCGUAAAUAUUUCCGGCAAAUCUUGCGUGCUAUCACGUACUGUCAUCAAUUGCAUGUUGUGCACAGAGACUUGAAGCCCGAGAAUGUAGUGUUCUUUGAGAAAUUAGGCUUGGUCAAAUUGACGGAUUUUGGUUUUAGUAAUAAAUUUUUACCGGGUCAAAAAUUGGAAACAUUUUGCGGUAGUUUGGCAUAUUCUGCUCCGGAGAUACUCUUGGGAGACUCCUAUGAUGCUCCGGCUGUGGAUAUUUGGUCUCUGGGCGUUAUUUUAUACAUGUUGGUCUGCGGUCAGGCUCCAUUCGAGAAGGCCAACGAUUCCGAGACCUUAACCAUGAUCAUGGAUUGCAAAUACACAGUGCCCUCGCAUGUUAGUCAGGCUUGUAGGCAAUUGAUUGCUUCCAUGCUUGUACGAGAUCCGAAAAAGCGUGCCUCUGUUGAGGAAUUAGCCUCAUCGGACUGGCUAAAGACAAUUGAUGAACCCGAUAACUCUGCCUCGGCCUCCUCCUCGGCUUCAGGUGGUACGGAAAGCUUUUUACCUUUGGUCAGUCGUCAGCAGUUAAGCGAAGAAGAUCAUGCCUUUAUCAUACAAAAAAUGAUCAAUGGAAAUAUUGCGUCCAAAGAAGAGAUAUUACAGGCUCUGGAUAAGAACAAGUACAAUCAUAUAACGGCCACUUACUUUUUGUUAGCGGAAAUUCGUCUUAGACGUCGACGUGAAGAGCAAAUGAAGAAAGAAAAGUUGCUCAAUCCUGUAGCCGAGAAACCCAGCCCAACUGAGGGCUCUAAAGUUCAAGUAGUACCGCCCAUUAGCAUCAAUGUAACCCCAGCCUCGCAAUUGUGUCAGGAUAACAUGAAACCUGACAAAAGGAGUCGCAAAUGCAGCAUUGUACGCGAAGAGGACGAGGAGGAAUCAGCUAAUGAAGGCUCUGGAUUGGGUAAUGAACUGAAAGUGGCAAGUUCACGUCGAGAAUCCAUUUCCGAUGGCCGUCUCAAUCGAUCGGUUUUCGAGAGUCAAUCCCAGCCUGCCCCAGCUGCCGAAGUGCCAAGUAGUCCACGACAUUUACAUUCACGCACAAAGAUUUUAAUACCAAUGGAACCAAAUUUACCACAGAAGCUUGACAAAUCUAUCGAGGAUGACGAUGGGGAUACAUUAAGUGGCCUCAAAGAAUUGGAAAUUGGCAAGCUAAAACCUUUACCUAGCAGCAGUAAAAAUCCAGUUCUUACACAUCGACGAAGUAAACUAAAUAAGAUUAGGACACCGUCGUGUAGCAGUUCAGAGGCCUCCGAUGAUGAUACCCAAAAGCGGAAUAAGAAAAAGAUUAAUAAAUUUGUAGGAGAUACACCCAUAAGAUUUCGUAUGCAUCGUCGGGAUUCGCACGAUGACUCUAGCGAUUCGCAGGAUCAGCUUUAUCCACCGCCAGGCUCAAAUAGCAGUGGCACCGGUGCCAAUUUCAUAUCGAAUAACAGCUCUGGCGGCAAAAAAGAGACUCAAGGACAAUGCAAGGAGCAAAACAAAUCAGAGGAAACACGCAAAUCUCAUACUCAAAAGCAACGUAAACAGCACAAGGAUCAUCAACUGGACAAACAUUCCCAUGAGGAAAAGCAUAAUAAUCAUCAUCAGCAGUAUCAGCAUCAAAAUCUUAAUCAUCAUCAUCAGCAGCAGCAGCAACAGCAUGAGCAUCAGCAUCAGAGCCAUCACCAGCAGGCCAGGAGGAGACGUAUAAGAGAAAGUCAAUCCCUGGAUCGCAUCACAGAGGCCGAGACAGAGGCUUGUUCCUCAUCAAUUACAACAACAACAACCACAACAACUGCUUCAUCUUUAUCAGCAACAACCAUCCUACAUAUCGAUCAAAGAUAUUCCCUAUUCAAUUUAAAUACAAAUAUUAAAUCACUCUCACUGGCUGAAACCCAGGAGGAGUACGAAGAGGAUGAAGAUGAAGAUGAUGGGGGGGACCAAAUUAUAAAUACAUUGAAUGCAGCCAAAGCCACGCUACAACAUGAGCAAUAUUUAAUGAAUAACAACAACAACACCAAUAACACCAACGAACGUAAAACAACACCAAAAGAUAUUUAUCAGCUAAAUGAUAUCGAGCAUAUGAACCGAUUGAUUUUGGCCGAUAGAAGCCUUACCAAAGCAAUACAAGUUACGGGCUCUAAAUGCUUUGUCACUAUCAAGAAAAUUCGUAGGCUCGGUAAAUAUUUUCCUGUUGUCAACUUUUCUUAAGUCAAAAAUUAAAAACAAAACAAAAAAAAAAAAA